UGUGGGGAUAGCCAUAGCCCUGCACCGCACCUCGACUCCCCAAACAUGGCGCUCGCCCUCGUCUCGCCAAUGGCGGCUCUCUCACUCCACUCCGGGAGGAUCUCAGCGGCGGCUAUCGGCGGCGGCCUCCGCUCUCGCAGGGCAUCCCCGAUGGGCGCCGCCGCCACCCCGUUCCUCCGGAGCUCCUUCGUCUCCUCCUCCUCCACGUCAUCCGCCUCCGCCUCCCCCGCCGCGCUCUCUGCCGCGGUCUCGGCGUCGCUGACCUUCACCUCUGCCUCCUCAUUUGCUGGUUCAUCUUUGGGAAUUGAAUUCAGCUACAACAGAGUUACAACAGGAAGAUCCCGGAUUCUGCAGAUUAGGGCUGGAAAGGCUGCUCUGUGCAUGACCAAGAGAAAUAGAUCUAGGAAGUCGCUUGCCCGUACACAUGGUUUUCGCAGACGGAUGAGGACUACUGCCGGAAGAAAGGUCCUGAAGCGCAGACGCGCCAAAGGAAGAAGGGUUCUCUGCACAAAGACGAACUCCCCCACUGGGAAGAAACGAAUGUUCUGAUUGAAUCGCAUUCUAAGUCGCUCUUUGUCACAAUUGUAAGUGUAUUUUUUUAUCCCACGUUCUCGGUUAUACUCAACCAUAACAAUUGGUGCAAAUCCUUCACCCGGUGUCCGGUUAAUGUGUGAAGUACAUUAUCAACACAAAUUCAAGUUAGCCUUUUUGCUUGUGCAGUAUUUAGUA